AUGGUGCGUUCGCACAUUGCCGAAGGAAGCUCCAAAGCUCUGAUCAUGGGCAAGCGGAAGCUGCUCCAAAUGCUGCUACUUGCCAAGUCGACACUGGGUUAA